UCCUUCGGGCCACACCUGGGCCUUACUCCCAGGAAGCUGCGGUCUCGCGGCUCCUCUCGGUGCCGUCUCAGGUCUCUUACCUCCAGAAAGAAAAAAAAAUUGACACCUUGUACGCUGGAAGUACAUUUUAGGAGUCUGAAAUUAGGGACUUCUUUCAAAUUUGGAAUAUGGCUAAUCGAGGAGCAUCAAGACCCAACGGGCCAAAUAUUGGAAAUAAAAUAUGCCAGUUCAAACUAGUACUUCUCGGAGAGUCUGCUGUUGGCAAGUUAAGCCUCUUGCUUCGUUUGGUGAAAGGCCAGUUUCAUGAAUUUCAAGAGAGUACCACUGGGGUAAAAUUUGAAAUAUGGGAUACAGCUGGUCAAGAACGAUACCAUGACCUAGCACCAGUGUACUACAGAGGUGCACAAGCAGCCAUAGUUGUGUAUGAUAUCACAAAUGAGGAGUCCUUUGCAAGAGCAAAAAACUGGGUUAAAGAACUUCAGAGGCAAGCAAGUCCUAACAUUGUAAUAGCUUUAUCAGGAAACAAGGCUGACCUAGCAAACAAAAGAGCUGUAGAUUUCCAGGAAACACAGUCUUAUGCAGAUGACAACAGUUUAUUAUUCAUGGAAACAUCAGCUAAAACUUCAAUGAAUGUAAAUGAAAUAUUCAUGGCAAUAGCUAAAAAGCUACCAAAGAAUGAACCACCGAAUCCUGGAGCAAAUUCUGCUAGAGGAAGAGGAGUAGACCUUACUGAACCUAAACAGCCAACCAGGAGUCAGUGUUGUAGUAACUAAACCUCCAGUAUGAGCUAGCUGGAACAUUCUGCUUCCUAAUUGUUAAUAACAAUGGAAUUGGAGCAUUUAACCGGCCCAGUAUGACUUCAAAAAGAAGAGACUUAUGAUAGAGACAAGUUUCUAAUACAGAAUUAUUUUAAGUGUUUUGAAAUUAAUUUUUAAUAACCUGCAUGUGUCCCUCUGACUAAUGUUUCAGCAAUAGAAAGGGAAAAAUGAGAACUGUGUGCAUAACUGUUUCAUUGGAAAGCUGAGGGGGGAAUCCUUUCUCAUCAUUAGAAAUAAAGACAGUGACUAUCUGGACCCAUGUUUAAACCAUUCAGUUUCUCCAAACUGUAACAACAAUCAUCUGUGAAAAAUAUGUGGAAAUUAUUAAUUUGGCUUUUGAAAAACAAUUUUAGAAGGAGAUUCUAAAAAUAUUUAUGCUCAGCUAAUAAUAAUUUCAGGCAAAUGAUAAUUUCUUCUGUUACAUUCCACAUUUUAAUAAGUCACACACACACACACACACACACACACACA